AUGGCGUCGGCGGUGCGGGCCGGGCCGCGGCUGCGGCGGGCGGUACGGGCCGGCGAGUUAGCAGCGCUGCCCGCCGGGCUGAGGGAUGAGUUGGAGGCGGCGCUGGCGGCGGAAGGAGGGCUGGUGCCUUUCAGUUUGCUGCGGGGGCUGCACGCCGCGCUGCGGGAGGCAGGGUCUCCGCUGCAUCUGCACGAGCUGCUGGAAGGAUGCGAGAUCCACCUGCCCGAGGUGCCGGUGCCGCCGCGGAACCCCGAGCUGGUGGCCCGGCUGGAGCGGAUCAAGGCCAAGCUGGCACACGAGGAGUACCAGCGGAUGACCCGCAACAUCACCGGCCAGGAGGUGAGCGGGCCAUUGGCUGAAUUUGGGAGGCAAGUUCGUUCCAUGAAAGCCGUUGUCAUCACCAUCUUCAACUUCAUUGUCACCGUGGUGGCCGCCUUUGCCUGCACCUACCUGGGCAGCCAGUAUGUCUUCGCAGAGACAGCGGCGCGUGUCCUGUCAGCCGUCAUUGUGGCCUCAGUGGUGGGCUUGGCCGAGAUGUACGUGAUGGUGCGGACCCUCGAAGGGGAUCUUGGCAAACUAUGACCAUGAACUGCAGGCUUCGUGCUGGAGCCUUUUGUCCUCCCCAGGAGCUGCUAAUGUGGGACAGAUCUUGUCCUGUCUGUACCUGUUCCUGCUGUGGGAAGACUGCUGCACUCCUCAGGCUCAUCCUUCGCUUCCCACUCCUGAAAUGAAUCAUGGCUUGGAAAUCCCGGAGCUGCAGAACGGGAGAGGGAAUGGCUGUGGACUCCAGUCACCCCAGCAGGGAGAGGGGCAUCAGUUCCUGCCAUCCCUGCUGUCCUGGGAAGUUUCUGUCUGUUUUUAUUCUGGAAAUAAAUUUAACACUGUGUGUUUGUAACCUUC